AUGCGACGGCGGAUGGAUACAACGCCUAUCACGUUGGAAGCUUUUGUGAAAGCAUAUGAAUGUAUCCUGGAAUGUGUUGAAGAUGAAUUUGGCAAACGAAAGAAACGCUUAACAGCAGAUGAUCUCAAACGUGUUGUUAUAAUUCACAAAACAUUAAUCAAUCGUGGUUUACAUCUCUCUCGUAUUGGGGAUAGCAUAUUAACCGAAAUAGUUGAUUCAUUGUUGUAUGAAUGGGAAGAAUCAGCGCCGCCAUCAGUGGCAGUGCAACAGCUUGUUUCACUUCUUUCAAAGCCUAUUAUUAAGAGCUUAUUCUCCGUAUAUGAUAUUACUUCAAACCGCACCUAUUUGCCACAAUUACCAGAAAUACCAUAUGAAGUUGAUGACGAUGAUGGUAUUGCUGUUAAACUGGUUCGACUAGUAAAAGGUAAUGAAGCACUUGGUGCUACUAUAAAAUGUGAUACUGAUGGAAGAGUCUAUAUUGCUCGUGUUAUAGCUGGAGGAGUUGCUGAUCGUAGCGGCAAUAUUCAGGUUGGAGAUAGGGUUUUGGAAGUGAACAGUGUCUGUGUUACGGGCAUGAGCCCAAAUGAAAUUGUCAAAUUGUUGGGUAACGAAAACAGUGAAAACGGUACUGCUACUUUCAAAUUGGAACCCGCUGAAAUACCUGCAGCUAUUGCGUGGAAUGAAUCACGACACGUUCGUGCUUUGAUCGAUUAUUCUGGUAGUCGAGAUUCCUUACAUCCAUGUCCUGAAGCAGCUCUUUGUUUCACCCGAGGAGAAAUAUUGGAAUUAGUGCUAACAGGAGAUGAACAUUGGUGGCAAGCGCGUUCACUCGGACAUGGCUCAUUUGCGACUCUUUCAUUAGCAUCUGCCAAUCAGCUUAAAAAACGGGUGGGUGUCAUCCCAUCGGAAGAAUUGCAGCAAAAACAUCGAACUCUAAAAGAAAAUGAAAAGUUUAGGACUACAAAUCGAAAGUCUACGAAAGCUGGCAAUGAGAUUGACAGCUUAUUAUACGAAUCAGUAUCACUGCUUUAUCCAAAACAAUCUCUUAUCCGGCCUAUCGUUUUAAUCGGGCCUCCAGGUGUUGGACGUAGUGAACUGAAAAAACGACUAAUUGCUACUAAUAGUGAUCGUUAUGCAGCAAGCGUACCCCAUACCAGUCGCCCUCAACGUUCACAUGAAAAAGAUGGUGUUGAUUAUCACUUUGCAAAACGCGAUAGUAUGGAACAAUGGAUAAGACAAGGACGAUUUUUGGAAUAUGGAGAAUAUAAAGGAAAUUUAUAUGGUACACUUGCUGAUUCGGUUCAUGCUGUUAUCAAGCAAGGUCGUAUACCUGUACUGAACACUCAUCCUUUGGCAUUACGGGUUUUGCGCUCGAAAGUGUUCAAGUCCUUCGUUAUUUUUGUUAAACCACCGCCAUUUGAUAUUUUAAAGGAAACUCGGCGUCAGCAUCGUGCACGAAAUUUGCAAGCUACAGAUCUUAAUAAUCGUGGUGGUGUUAAUACAUCAAUACCAGUAGCAGGUCGCGGAUUUACAGAUUCGGAAUUUGAACAAAUGAUCUCAGCUGGUGAACAGCUUUUUCAGAUUUACGGACAUGUGUUUGAUCAUGUGCUGAUAAAUGCUAAUUUCGAAGCCUCAUUCGAACAAUUACGGAACAUAGUGAACAAACUAGAACAUGAACCAGCAUGGGUACCCUCCGAUUGGAUCGAUUAG